AUGGGAGCCGAGCAGUCAGCCCCGCGGGGCGGUGGUAACCAGGUCGCAGUUGAGCGCAAGACGUGCUAUUACGAGCUGCUCGGGGUGGACCGAGAGGCAUCCGAUGAAGAGAUCCGCCGAGCAUAUAAGAAAAAGGCCCUAGAGCUGCAUCCAGACCGCAACUUCAACGACACCGAGAACGCGACCAGACGAUUCGCCGAAGUACAAACUGCGUAUGAGAUAUUAUCCGAUGCCCAGGAGCGUGCCUGGUACGACUCCCACCGCGAUGCCAUCCUCAGCGGUGAGGAGGAUGUUGCUGGAACCGCACCCACGGAUCCUGGGAACGGCCAUACCUCGGCCAAUGCCAUAUUCGCCCUGAUGAGCCGAUUCAACUCGAGCGUGCCUAUGGAUGACAGCUCGAUGGGUUUCUUUGGGAUUCUGAACGAGUUUUUCGACCAGCUAGCUGCGGAGGAGACCGCUGCCUGUGACUGGGCGGGUGUCGCGUCGACGGAGUAUCCGCCGUUCGGUAAAGCCAGGGAUGAUUACAAUGCGGUCACAAAGCGUUUUUACAAUGUGUGGUCGGGUUUCUCAACUAGGAAGACGUUCAGUUGGAGAGACAAAUAUCGACUUCAAGAAGCCCCUGAUCGUCGCGUCCGCCGCCUGAUGGAGAAGGAAAACAAGAAAUUUCGUGACGAGGGGAUUAGGGAGUUCAACGAUGCCGUACUGUCUCUGGUUGCGUUCGUCAAAAAGCGAGACCCCCGUUAUGUACCUAACACGCAGUCCGAAGCCGAAAGGCAACAAGUGCUGCGGAACUCAGCCGCCGCCCAAGCAGCACGGUCGCGCGCCGCGAACCAGGAGAAGCUCGCCGAAUACGUCGUCCCAGACUGGGCACAGUCUAGGGACGGUGAUGCAGACCACGACGAGUUCUCGAUGUCGGAGGAAGAGGAAGAGGUUGAGGAGAUCGAAUGUGUCGUGUGCAACAAAACGUUCAAGAGCGAGAACCAAUUCGAAGCGCACGAAAAGAGUAAAAAGCACAUCAAGGCAGUGCAAAGUUUACAGCGGCGAAUGAAAAAGGAAAACGCGAAUUUCGAUUUGGAGGGAUUAGGACAGGUUUCCUCGGCGUCAACUGCCCAUCAGGGGAUUGAGGCAGAAGAGGUUGGUGCCCUUGAGAGUGAUGCAGCCACUCAGAUAGAGCAUGCCGAAGAGGGCAAGGAGGGACCCCAAAUACCAGGCAGCAUAGAAGAAGGCGCGGACAAAGGCACACCUUUCAAGUCAGACACAGAGGACGACGAAUACGCACCGCGGUCAGCCGUCGAAGACCGCAUUCUAAAUGCGGGCGGUGGGGGGACGACGGCGGCAAGUACGGGAGAUAGCACAUCCGACGCUGUGCACUCUGCAGUUGCCAGCCUGGAUGGUUUGACGGGCGACAAUGAAAAGGAGGAAGGCAAAAAAGUCGGCAAAGCCAAGUUGAAGCGGGAAAAGAAGGCUGCCCGGCAGGCCGCCGAGCUUGGAUCAUCCAAUUCUGUAAGUCACAAUACCGUGCUUCCGAGUGUACACAAACCAAACCGACUCCUGACGCCAAAGUCCAGCAUAAAUGUGCCAAAUGCAAAGAGACCUUCACAUCCCGGUCCAAGCUCUUCGACCAUAUCAAGGACCUCAAUCACGCAGCCCCUGUUCCUGCUUCCAACGUCAAGGCGGACAAGAAGAAGCGGAGUCGAUGACCGCGCAGCAGCGUUGCGCCGAGUAUGA